AUGUCUGAGUUAACCACAGCACCGACAUCCUCCAUCUCCCGGGCGCUAAUGGCAUCCGCGACCGCCAUGACCACGGCUUCAGCAAACAUCAACGGUUCCGCGUCCCUCAGCAAUGGCGCCAAAGCAGGGAUCGUAAUCGGUGCCUCCGUUGGCGUCCUCGUCUUGCUCACUCUCGUCAUCUGGCUGCAGAUCAGGUGGUCUCGACGAAUGGGGACAAAAUUUCCCGACGCCCUGACUCCAAUCUAUCCAGAUUCAUUCGGCUACAUCCACGGGUAUCCUGGACCUUAUAACACCGUGUUGCAUGAUAUGAGUUCUAGGGAUGUGGAGAGAGCUCCCCAGAGUAAAGAGCAGGGGGUGCGUGUGCCCAAGACCGUCCGAUUUCAGGAGACGAAACCGCAUGUGGAGGAACAGAUUGCGAUCGUUUCGGAGGCUAGAGAUGGAGAGGCUGGAAAGGAUAGGAGGAACUCGAGGACUUCUGUGCUAACUGGAAGUACGCUCUAA